ACAUGUGGGAGGCUAAAUUAACCCAAAAUCCCUAAAUUUGUGACAGCUUUGUUUAGUGGCUAAAAAAACCAGCCAAAAAUAAUGAUUUUGUAAAAUAAAUUAAUAAACAAAUAUGAGUGAAUUAUUUAAGUCUGCUUUUGAAUACUUUAGUGGUCCUACGAACGGACAAAGUGAUAAUAGUUUUGUUGGACAAAUUGUAGAGGUAUCAAACGUAAAAUUAAGGAUUAAAAAAGUCAUAGCUGAAGGUGGUUUUGCUGUUGUCUUUGUGGCUCAGGAUGUUAAUAGUGGCAAAGACUAUGCUUUAAAGAGGCUACUAGCUGCCGACGAAGAAGCUAAAAAUAACAUUAUGAAGGAAAUAAAUAUACUUAAGAAAGUUUCUGGACAUCCUAAUAUAAUACAGUAUUUAUCGGCUUCAUUUAUAGAUAAAUCUCAAACUUCGCACAACCAGAGCGAAUUUCUUUUAGUUACUGAUUUGUGUCCAGGAGGAUCCUUAGUUGAAAUUUUACAAGCACGUACAUCAGCUUUAGAUAUUGAAACGAUCACAAGAGUAUUUUAUCAAACGUGCAAGGCUGUUUCGCAUAUGCACUCCCAAGUACCACCGAUUAUACAUAGGGAUUUGAAGAUUGAAAACUUGCUAAUUAGCGGCGACAGUACUAUAAAAUUAUGCGAUUUUGGUUCUGCUACCGCUGAUAUUUAUCGACCUGACUUGUCCUGGUCCGCCAAUCAGCACUCCAGCCUAGAAGAAAACAUGGCAAGAUUCACCACACCGAUGUAUAGAGCUCCUGAAAUGGUAGACACCUGGAACAAUUAUUACGUAGGGCCCCCAGUAGACAUUUGGGCACUAGGAUGCAUAUUGUACAUGCUCUGCUAUAUGAAACAUCCCUUCGAAGACAGUGCUAAGCUGAGGAUUAUUAACGCCAACUACACAUUACCGUCGGAUUCGAAAUUUUUUUGUUUCCAUGACAUAAUUAGAGGCUGUUUGCAAGCGAAUCCCGAACAUAGAUUAACGAUUGCUGCCGUAUUGGAACGAGUGGCUGCGAUAGCAGAGUCGAACGGUUUCAAUCUGAGGGCACCGCUUAUAUUUCAACAGAAAAGUGAUAUAGAUUCAAAUCAUUUAGAUGGAGGCUACAGCAACGGUCUGAAGCAAGCACCACCUAGGCCUGUACCCCCUCAGGAACCCCCUAGGCCUCCACAAGUUCCACAGAGGCCAGCGCCACCACCGCAGAAGCCCACAAUCUCAACGCCUCAAAAACAGCCAGACGUUAAGCAGUCCGGUUUAUUUUCGUCACUAAAAGGAGGUGCGGGGAGUUUCUUGAAAAAUCUCAAGGAUACUAGUUCUAAAGUAAUGGCAACUAUGCAACAGACCAUGGCCAGAACUGACUUAGAUAUAAGUUACGUAACGUCGAGAAUUAUCGUGAUGCCUUUUCCUUCGGAGGGAUUCGAGUCCACUUAUAGAACUAAUCACAUUGAGGACGUAAGACUGUUUUUGGAUUCUCGACAUCCAAAUUUCAAAUACUCAGUAUAUAACUUAUCACAUAGGCCUUAUCAGGGGAAGUUCGGACAGGCGAGGAUAGUGGAUUGUUCGUUCGCCUAUCCCGAACAUUUUAAGGCGCCUCUGUUGAAUUCGCUUUAUCAACUGUGCGAGGAUAUUUUCCAGUAUUUGGCGGGGGAUAGCAGGAACGCGGUAGUUAUACAUUGCACGGAUGGAAAAGCAACGUCCUCUACGUUGGUGUGUGGUUUGCUCAUAUACGCCGGACUGUUCGAAGUUCCCGAGGACGCCCUUCAGAUGUUCGCCGUGAAACGAUGCCCACCUAAUAUGCGGCCUUCCGAGCUUAGGUACCUCUAUUAUUUGGCUGACAUCGUCAGGGAUCCCCCGUUGUACCCGCAUUACAAGCCCGUGACUCUAGUCUCGCUGCAGCUGCAACCUGUGCCAUUGUUUACGAAAAUUCGUGACGGAUGUCGCCCUUACUUGGAGGUGUUUAGCGAAAAUAGAUGUGUUUUGUCCACUUUACAGGAUUACGAACGCAUGAGAUUGUACAAUAUAGUCGAGGGAAAGUGUCUUCUACCAGUCAACACCAUGGUCUGUGGAGAUGUUUGUAUAGUAGUUUAUCACGCCAGAAAUAUUUUAGGGGGAGUCAUGACGCAGGGAAAGGCAAUGGGAAUUAAAAUUUGCCAAAUGCAAUUUCACACAGGGUACAUAUCGGAGGAGGAAACUUGCCUACAAUUUAUAAAGUCUGAGUUGGACGAGUUAGCCGAUGGCCAGGACCAUUACCAGGACAGAUUCACGGCUUCUUUGAACGUUUUCGUAACAGAUGCCGAACGAAAACCGUCGCAACCAGCUCCCUGGCAAACCGAUCAAACCAAACGUACAUCGGACACCAUGUUCACUUCUCAAAUUGAGAAAGACGAGACCGUAGAUAAUUUUGUUAGUAAACCUAGUAGGAAAAUAGAGAAUGUCGAGAAGAAACCUCCCGAAAGGCCAGCUCGUCCCGCACCGUCACCUGUUAAUUUUGUAGCCGAUCGCAGGGAUUCCGAUAGUAAUUCGGAAACCGAACAGGCCGCUCCAAUGGAGGAGGAAACCAAGCUCAUAGAAGAAGCCGUGGAUCUCUUGAACCUCAAUUUUGCACCUACUGUACCGAACGCCGCCCCCAAGCGGUCCCCCAGCUCAAAUUUUGAUCUUCUUAGCGGAUUGAACAACACACCUAACGAAAACUUUGGUGGUUUCGAUGCCGGAGCGCCUACUGCCGAUCAGAACACUUCCAAACCCAACAAUUUAUUCGAUCCCUUCGCAUCGUUGGGUGGGGGUACUAGUAACGACUUAUUAGGUGGCUGGAGUAACUUUACUGCCUCUACGGCCAAUACUUAUACCCAGAAUAACGCUUCGGAGCAAACCGAACAGAAACAAACCGACCCCUUUGCCGAUCUGGCUAAUUUAGGAGGUGGCUUAAAUUUCGGAUCUCAACGCACCAACUUUCCGCCCUCCACAACCCCAACUAGCGGCAGCCAAACACCUAACAGGGUACCGCCUACGACUCCCCAACAUAUUCCUUCGGCGGCGACCACUCCGAAACAUCAAGCUAAAUCGCCCGUCGGUCCCGAUUACAGUAGAUCUCAUUUUGAUACUCUGAAUAAAAACCAACAGCCAGCCGAACAGAAAGCCAAACCGAAAAGCGAUGACAUUUUUGGUGACUUGUUGGGCUCCCAAGGGUAUACGUUUACGGGGAAAAAGGACAGCGCUCCCAGAACGAUAAACGCUAUGAGGAAGGAGGAAAUGGCGGUUUACACGGAUCCUGAGAAGCUGAAGGUUAUAGAAUGGAUAGAAGGAAAGAAAAAUAAUAUACGAGCACUGUUGUGUUCGAUGCACUCCAUCUUAUGGGAAGAUGCGAAGUGGAACAAAUGUGAAAUGCACCAGUUGGUUUCGGCAGCUGACGUUAAAAAGGCUUAUAGGAAGGCUUGUCUAGCCGUUCACCCUGAUAAGCAAGUAGGAACGGAUAAUGAGAAUCUAGCAAAGCUGAUAUUCAUGGAAUUGAACAAUGCUUGGAGCGAUUUUGAGAACGAUUCAUCUCAGCAAAAUAUGUUUUCUAGUUAAAUUCUUCAACAUAAAAUUCUGUAUUUCGUGAUCAUUCCAUUUUACGAUUAAUUUAUAGGUUUUAUUUAUUCUAGAUAUCUAGUUUAUUCAGGAAAACGUUUAAGAAUAUUUCUAACUAGCUCUAAAGUGAUAAUAGUUAGAUAAAGAGCAAUCUUGUUUUCAAAUUUAUUGGGACAAUAUUUUAAAACCUAAUCAUAGUUACUUUUAGAGAUUUAAAUUGUUGAAAUUAGAUGUUUUAUGAUAUUACAUAUUUGUUAAAGAUAUUUUAUGUUUACACCCAAUACAAUAUUUUUAUAUUAU